AUUUUCACUACCAUCACGUUGGGACCACGCACGGUACGCAGCUGGCAUCCAACUUGAUUAGAAAACCGUUGUUUACGUGUGCUUUACCGCAUAAAAUAAAAUGUUUCGUGCUUCGUAUACUAAUUAAUAGAGUCCUUUGUUUUUGAGACAGACACAAUAUGAGCGUGCUAUUCAGAAUUUAAUGACUGCUGAAGGUUAAUUAUGGUCCAUUAAUUAAUAUUUGUAUAGGGGGCCUACUGUACCAUGUAAAUGUGUUCCCCUGCAAUUUGUGUCCAUGCUACGCCACUGCGCAACUCGUGCGUGCAUGCGCGCCAAGCGAUUCUCCCCAUCUCCCUUUAAUAAUAACUCGCUGCGCGAUUUUCGAAUAAGUCGACUUCAUGCACAGGCGGUCUAAAAUUUACAGUCCAUUUGUGCUCCUUGAUUAACAACUCAUGUAGCGAUACUAGGCUGGUCCCCAAGGACUGAUCUUAACCGUGACAGUGAAGGAGUAAACGGUGCUAAAUCAACGAGGGAGUUUGGGAAUAACUAAAAGCGAGUCCGGUGACAGACCGAAUUAUCUCCCGGGCGUCCUUGCCCCGAGCGUGCAGGUCUGGGCUUGUCUUACGGGGCUGCGGCUCAUUUCAGACGGGGCGCUCAGCUGAGGAAGGAUGGCCAAGGCAGGGUAUAGUCUCGGUCUUUGGGGUCUGAUGGUAGCUGGGGCAGUCUUGCUUUUACUGAGCAUCGUUGGGCUUGUGGUGGUGGUCAAAUCCAAGGAAUACUACUGCAGCAUUGAGGGGUAUGGUGUCGUCUUCGAUGCCGGUUCCUCGCAUACGUCAAUGGCGGUUUACCAAUGGCUGGACGAGACCACUAAUGGCACGGGGGUGGUGUCCCAACUGGCCUACGUAAGCGAAUGUACCGAGGAGGGCGUAGCCACCUUUGCGAAUGACCCGAAUGGACUUGUGCCUGGGCUGAAGAGCUGCCUCGACAUCGCUGAGCUCGUACUUCCGGAGUUCAGUCAUUAUGACACUCCUGUCUACCUAGGAGCAACAGCGGGCAUGAGACUAUUGACCAAGACUAAUCCGGAGGAGAGUGAGGCUGUCAUGCAGACGGUUCGACAGACUCUUGCGGAGACGCCCUUCGCCUUCACGGACCAGACCAGGCAAGCGGCUAUACUGACCGGGGAAACGGAGGGGACGUCCGGGUGGAUUUCUGCCAACUACCUCGCUGGAAACUUGGGAGUGGAGCCAGCUACGGGUGACCUUGUUGACGACCUUACCGGAAGCAAACCCAUUCCCACCCGGCCAACCUUCGCCGCCUUGGACCUGGGCGGAGCUUCAACGCAGAUCACCUUCAUACCGGAGGAUCCUCGCAAGAUCCCCGUCGAACAUCGCGUCAAUCUUCGUCUUUACGGCACUGACUACGCGGUAUAUACACACAGUUUCACGUGCUACGGCCUAGGCGAAGCACGAAGGCGCCUGGAGGCUUCUCUCGUAAAAGACUCUGGAUUCGCUGAUGUGAUUCAAAAUCCAUGCGCACCUAUGGGCUACAAUUACACCUCAACAGGCGCCUACCUAUGGAAAGCGCCUUGCAGUUCAAGACCAACAGUGUCAGGAGUUACAGAAACGCUCAUAGAUAAAAUGGAGUACCAGCUAAACGGUACAGGCGACCCCGAUGCAUGCUACAGGGUUAUCAAGGCGCUAUUUGACUUUGACGCCCAUUGUCCCGCACCGCCUUGCGCCUUCGGUGGAAUCCACUCGCCCGCUCCAUUCGGCGCCUUUAAGGCGUUCAGUGGCUACGCCUACACCUGGAAUGGCAUUGGAUCGACGCCUACACCGACAAUAGAGGAGUACAUAGAGAAGGCAGAGGAUUUUUGCAGAAAGUCGUAUAGCGAGCUUGAGCUUCUACAAAAGAAUGCCAAGUACAACGUGAGAUACUGCUUCCAGAGCAUGUACGUCAGAGCGCUCCUUUUUGACGCCUUUAAGUUCAACCAAGAGAAUUGGAACGUGGAAUUUACAUUAGAGGUAAAUGGUGCCAGUCUAGGCUGGGCUCUAGGCUACAUGGUAGACGCUACUAAUCGUAUCCCGGAAGAGGCUUCGUGUGUAGGUCUGGCCCCCGCCACCCUCACAGGUCUCAUCCUCAUCUUCACUACAAUCUGUUUGCUGGGCAUUCUCAUCCUCGGUCUCAGUCUCAUGAAAUGCACCAAAGAGUCAAGGUCCCCGACGGAGCAGUCGUACGAGCCAGCUCCACAGAAUGUUGACGUUGCGUUUCCGUGCAAGAUGAAAACUCCUAAAGCAAGCCUCGGUGGUUGGGCAUUGCUGAUACUAGGCGUGGUCAUAUUGGUCCUGGGUAUCAUAGGAGUGGUGGGCGUGGUCAUGUCAAAGGAGUAUUACUGCAGUCCAGUUGAGUAUGGAAUAGUCUUCGAUGGGGGAUCUUCACAUACAUCUAUGGCUGUCUAUCAGUGGCUGGCAGAUACCACUAAAGGAACAGGGGUGGUCUCGCAGUUGGCAUUUGCAAGUGGAUGCGGUGAAGCGGGUUUGUCCAGUUUUGCGGAUGACCCGGAAGGAGUUGCCCAUGGCCUUGAGGACUGUCUCGCCCUCGCUGAGCUAGUACUUCCGGAGUUCACUCAUGGAGAUACACCGGUGUUCCUUGGUGCCACGGCGGGAAUGAGACUUCUGAAUGCGACUGAUCCAGACAAAAGUGAUGCGGUUUUUGAAGUGGUGAGGAAGACGUUUGCAGACACACCCUUCUAUUUCACGUACGAGACGCGCCAGGCUUCGAUACUUAGGGGAGACAAAGAGGGGACCUCCUCCUGGAUUUCAGCCAAUUACCUCGGGGAGAACCUGGGCGUGGAACCAGAUACCGGUGACAUCAUUGACGUUCUAACACCGAGCAAGCCCAUCCCGACCCGCCCGACCUUCGGCGCCUUGGACCUGGGCGGAGCGUCCACGCAGAUCACUUUCAUACCGGAGGAUCCUAGCCAGAUCCCUCCGGAGUAUCGCGCCAAUCUCCGCCUGUACGGCAAGGACUACGAGCUGUACACGCACAGCUUCUUGUGCUACGGGGCGGACGAGGCACAAAGGCGCCUCGAGGCCAACUUAGUCAAGGACUCUGGGUUUGCCGAAGUGACGCUGAACCCAUGUGCGGCUACGGGAUUCUCCCACACCGUCACAGGAGAAUACCUAUGGAAGGCGCCAUGCAGUACGGGACCACAGGCCAUAAAAGGUUGGGGGUCAGAGGUCACGCCUGCGCCUGGGGUCACAGAUGACGUCAUGCUUGACAUUACAUACCGACUGAACGGCACUGGCGACCCUGACGAGUGCUACAAAGCCGUAAAGGCCUUGUUUGACUUCAACGCCACCUGUCCCGUACCGCCUUGCUCCUUCAACGGCGCGUACACACCUUUACCACAUGGGUCUUUUAAGGGCAUAAGCAACUACGCCUACACCAUGGCUGGUAUAGGUUUGACGACCACGCCCACUAUUGACGAGUUUAACUCUGCAACGGACGACUACUGUAGAAAGACAUACGAAGAGUUGAAGGUCUUACCGGACAAGAUGAAGUACAAACUGGCGUUCUGCUUCCGUUCCAUGUUCAUCCGAUCGCUUCUCUUCGACGCCUACAAAUUCAACGAGGCGAACUGGGACAUUGAAUUCGCUUCUGAGGUGAAUGGUAUGGACUUUGGUUGGGCUCUAGGCUUCGCCAUCAACGCCACAGGUUGGAUCCCGGAGGAGGUGUCGUGUGUUGGUCUGGCCCCUGCCACCUUCACGGGUCUGAUCGUCAUCUUUGCCGUGAUCAUGCUGGUCGGUUUUGCUGCGUUCGCCCUCGGUGUCCGCCAUAGAUUUGGCGGGAAGCGAUCGGCUAGGUGCCCGGUGGAUAAGUCCUAUCAACCUGCACCUCAAGGCGACAUUUAAUUCAGCACUACUUUUAAAGCGUCUUGAAACACCUUCAUAGGCGCAGUAGGCAAAUAGUUGUUCAACAACUGUUAUUUUAGAACUGUCAAUAUUCAGUAAUCAAAUACAAUACCGUAGGUUAAGGAAACUACUGCCUACUGCCACUAGCUAUCCACGCAGCAACGUGCAAAACGAAGUGGUGUCAGCGGUGGGAUUAGCAAUUCAGUUUUAAUUAUUUUGUAUUUAAUGCAUACAAGCUGUUAGCCAUAAGAAAGGUGGUGGUUUAAAUGGUUGUGGGUUUUCUUUGUCACGGAAAAUUAACUACUGCAUUGAUUUUACAUUUAUUUUGUAUUCCUUUUUUUUUUUAAAUCAGGGUUGUGUUAUGGUGUGGUGUUAAUACAUUUAGCCUGGAAUAAAUAGCAGGAGUAUAAAAGGGUAUAUUACAAAAACAAUGUAAUACCAUUACCCGUUGGUUAUUACGAUCACUUCUGGUAGAGUAUAAGAUAUUGCAAUACGCAUCCGGGUAACUGCGAUAUGUUUAUGACGUGGUAGGUCAAACUCAGGCGGAAUCGGACAGAGCUACGAAUGGAGCCGGAAAAACAACUAUAAAAUGACAUGGGGCGCAUCAUUUUCAGCGACGAGAUUUUUGGAAAUCUGUGAUGGUACUAAAAUGUUUAAAUGUUCUGUAAUAAAAGUUCCGAAGUCUUUUAAAAACAUUUUAGAGAGGCAUGUUAUUUCACAAAAUGACACGUUGUUCAAGAUUUUGUUCCGAAAUGACGCAAAAUCAGCGUGACGUUUUGGACAGUCCAAUUCCAAAAUUUGAUAAUUUGGCUUUGGAAUAUCCAAUAAAAAAAAGGCGUUUGACAACGCGAGGUCUAUAUUUUCAAAAAAUCAAAGAACUCAAAAUUCACUUCUUGCGGUUUGCAAAAAGUGCCUGAUUUUGACAUACCACGUCACAUUUAAUGUUACUUUCCCGAACCAGUUUGUAAUUUUCGACUUUGUGGAUUUUUCAAACUCGGCAGUAAAUGGUUGAUUUUGAGCUUACUUGAAAA